CGGCUGAUUGACCCUUUCCCUCUCCAUGCGCCCGCGGUCACACCAAUCCACAUUCUGCAUCGACUUCCAGUCCCCUGCGCUCUGCUGUGAGCCCUCGCGCCAUCAGUGGUCUUCUCAAUCCGGCUGGGUGCUCUGAUAGAGCAAUUGGAGCCGCUUCGGGGGCUGCCCUGCCCCAGCAAUGUCCUCAUCCCGACCAGCCGCCACACCGACGACCUCAUCAUUUCACACCACCGACGCGUUUUCCUCGUCGACGCCACCAAGGCCAACCGCCUUCAUUGCUAACGAAUACUCAUCUCCAUCGCCGCGAACUCGGCUCGGCAGCCGAGACCUGGCCAACCCCAACGCCGGGAGGAGUUACGGAUACUACUACCACGACGCCCUCAACGGCACUUCCCCUGCGGGCCCGGCAGCGUUUUCACCAGCACACGAGGGACACCCCUCAGCCCCCGCCGCCAAUCUCGCAGCAUACGCACCCUUUUCACACCACGCACCCAAUCCUCCUCGCACAUCGUCGCUCCUCCCCCCAGCGAACAUCUCGGUCGAUCCGUCAGCCGCGUAUACCCAUACCCUCCUCCGCGAUCCCUUUCUCGACCCUCGACCAGCUCCAAGGGUCCCCGAUUCGCAAAAGGAAGUUGAGCCUACGCACAAGAGAGGCCAUUCGCGAUCAAGCAGUGCUGGCUUCAGCGAUAGCCUCCGCAAUCUCAACCGCUGGUCGGCCUCCACAGCUUCGAGUCGCGCUUCCAGCCUUGCCGCCUUCACUCGCCGCGUGAGUACCGAACUAUUAGGCGCAGCCCUAGGAUCGCCGGGCAAAAAGUUGCAGAGGAGCAGGCCUUCUACAUCGGGCGGUUCUCCCCGACCACCGACUCAGUCGAGGACCCACAGCGAGUCACCGGCGCCAUCAACCGUCCCACCGCUACAGAGCUUACCCCUGAUCUCCACCGGCCCGUCACUGCAAGAAGAGGUCAUUGAAUCUAAUGUAUUAGGGCACGGCGUGCAGACCGAGCAGCGCGAGCUUGCUCAACAACCGAGUAGAGACACGACUUUGUUUUGGGAUGGUGCAAUACAGGGUGCACAAUUGGAGCUGGGAUCGUCGUCCUCGCAGCCUCGUCUCAGUGAAUCACCGCGCCCGGCCGAGACAGUCGCUACAUACUCUACAAUGCCCUCCGCUCGAAACGACUCAACCGCGGGCCACUCGCGCAGCCGGUCAAUUGAGCCCAAUGGAGGUGCCGAUACCACAACGGCUUCAAAACAUCGAGACAGGGACCGCGACCGUGAGAGGGGCCAUGAUCGACCAGGCAAACCGCCCUCCCAGAAAGCAAUGCUAUCUAAAGCACUGCAAAAGGCAAACACGGCAGUUCAGUUAGAUAAUGCGCAAAACUUCGAGGGCGCCAGAAGAGCUUACGCGGAAGCAUGCGCCGUCCUCCAACAGGUACUUUUGCGGACGUCGGGUGAGGAAGAUCGUAGGAAACUUGAGGCCAUCCACGAGACGUACCUUCGGCGAGUUAUGGAGCUCGAUGAGCAACUGAUUGAUUUAGAACCAGAAGGCAAAGAACUUCCUCAGCGCCCAGAAAGCCAUGAGCUUCAAGAUGGAGUAUCAGGAGAGGCGAUGGAUCAGGAAUAUUCGCCCCGCUAUACGGGUGCAAGGGAAACGAUUCAAGCCGGGGAUUAUGAUACACGGCACCCUGCCCUCGCCGCUCAGGCUUCAGGGCCAAGCCGUUCUCCCGUCCCCCGAGGUUCGCGGAAUACGUCACGAGACCUAAGAGAAGGGUCUACAUCCUAUCUAACUGAGCAGUACUCGCUUCAAUCCGCCUUUUCCAGGGCGAGAUACAACAAUGGCUCGACGCUUCGACCUCCCAUGGAUGAUGCUUACAUGCCGCCGCCGUUGUCUCCCAGGAGGCUCGUGUCCCCUACGCAUCCACCUCCCCCACCGCCUCAGACUGAACGACCUGAGAUGACUACCCGUACAAAUUUACCUAUGUCUGACGCUCGGCUAACUCCAGGCAUGCCAUCUUCGACUCACCAACGGGCAAACAGCCACGAAUCCGUCUCGUGGCUCGACCCUAUCGACGAGUCGGGAGGCUCCAGUGCUUCUUCGGUCCACUCACGCUCAUCUUCGAGGAUAAGGAGGAAGCAUAUACGAGCUCCAAGCGGAGCCACGGAAGCCGAGUUCGACGCGGCAUUGGAUGACGCCAUCGAAGCCGCAUAUGAUGAUGGGUAUGAGCCCGAAGCCCAGUACGUCGGGCCGCUUUACCAGGACGGUCACGGUAGUGGGAUGACGGAUACAUUGCGACGGGUGGAGUUGGCUAGGGAACGAGUUCGCGAGUCUGAAAGGGAAGUACUUGAGCUGGCGCUCGAAAGGGAAAAGAGGUUGCGACUACAACAGCAACUUGAGGACGAGGAAUACAGGAGACAAGAAGCGAUAGGCGAGGACUUUUACGAUGGGAAUGACUCGGAGGAGGAAGAACGGUUGCUGGAAGAGAUGACCAAGGGCCACGCCAUUGAGGAUUUUGCGUUCGGGGGACAACAAAGGAGGGCGCCAGUUCCGCGCGAAUCAGACUCGAGCGGCACUACAAGCCGCACAUGGCACAGUUCCACAGGGUCAAAUCCGACGGCCACGACCCUUCUGACGCCCGUAAGUGAGGAUAAUAUUCCUCCUUGUCCUUCUGGCCCACUGCCGGCAUUGCCGAUACAUGCGGCCGCCCAACUACCAGCGCAGCCGCAGUCUGCGGGUUCUCAGAGCUCGAACCAGAGUGUGCGAAGCCGCCGACUAUCCGGACAAAACCCAAAACAACUCAAAAUUGAAACGACAAAGCUUACGGCAACCGCCCCCCCAGCUACGGCGGGAUCCACCGCCCUUUCUCAACCAAAGGCAGGAGGGAGCUACAUUGUGCAGCAGCGUCAAGCCUUGUCGGCCGGCCCAAACCGUACUGUUGGUCCAUUUUCGUCAAGACCUGCUCCGUCUCCGGCACCGGUAGACGAGGACGAACCCGCAACGGCGCCGGUGGCCUUGGGGCACGACGAACAGACGCGUGCUGGUACGCCUUCGGUUGCACGCCCUAGUCUGAAGAAGAAUUUUUCGUCCUCAAGCUUGAAGAGUCUCAGAACCCGGAACCCCUCAAUUUCACACCUUGACGAAUCCUCGGAACUAUCUCCGGGCACCCCGUUGAGCAACCAUUUUGGGAUCGGUGGUCCAUCUGCACGGCUUCCUGCCGUACCGUCCCUGCCGACGCCUCUGCCGACGGCAAAGGAGAGAGCCAACAGUACUGUCACCGGUGGGCCGCAUUUAUUUGAGAGCCAGUUUCAUUCGCCCAACAGUCCGGGAUUGCCUAACCCACAGGUUCCUGACGCUCCGGUUGCGCUCGAGCCUUGUCCAAACGACGUGAUGCUGCGACCCUUCUGGCUGAUGCGCUGCUUGUACCAGACGCUCUGCCACCCGCGCGGUGGUUACCUGAGCAACAAGUUGUUUGUUCCGAGAGACGUCUGGCGGGUCAAGGGCGUGAAGCUUAAAAAUGUAGAGGAUAAGAUUGCGAACUGCGACCUCCUCACGGCCGCACUGCAGAAGCUGGCUAUGGUGGACACGUGCGACGCCGACCUUGUCUUGGAGGAGAUGCAAUCGCUGGAAGGCGUGCUGGAGCAGGUACAAGCGGCCCUGUCGCGCAAACUCGGCAGUGAAGUCGGCGUCCAGGGUUCUAGCACAAUGUUCAAGGAUGCUAAUGGGGUGGACGGCGAGGCAGCAGCCAUGCCGAGGUCAGCGAGUGUCGCGGGCAAAGCCGGUGGAUUCUCGUGGCGGCGGCUCCGUAGCAAGAACAGCUCGGCCAACUUGCCGGGCCUGGCAUCGUCUUAUGGCGGCAAGGGUGGCAGCGGAGCAAGUUCGGCAAACCUGCAUGAAGGGUCCGGUAAGGAUACGAUGCUGGCGAGUCUGCCAAUGACGAGCCAUCCGACAAGCCGACCUCCAAAACGAGAUGUGGGCAGCGUCUUGUUCACGGGGCCUAACGCGAACUACAUGGCGUCGCUGGCAAAACUGUUUGACGCAGCCCAGUCGAUAGACCAAAUCGCCCGUCAGGUUGAUGACCCCGGUCUACGCCACGCAGACAAGACGCAGGUCGGCCUCGAACUGUGCACGCGACAUGCCGCCGAGUUCUUUGCGUUUUACAUUUGCCGCUUCGCGCUCUCUGACCUUUCGUUGCUCCUGGACAAGUUUAUCAAGCGAGGAAGCGAGUGGGUGCUAGCCUAGAUGUCCUCUUAGCUCUCUACGGAGACUUGCGGUUUUUAUCCCCCGAGCCUUGAAUGCGACCGAUAGGCCUGGACACGGGGAUUGGGAGAAGAGGAGGGAGGCUAGGAACGUCAUGGGAGGGAGACGAUGUUAGAUUUGGAGCUGGCGAUAGAUGCUAGCCGAUGUAGAGUUGCGGCUUGACCGCUAUAUAAUUGCAUACAUUCCCUGGAGGGUCUGCCAGUUGCCUGUGGAUGAACAGGCCACGUAGAGGACAUUACAAUGCCGUCUACGGAUAUAGUGCAGGAUUAUGAGGGGGAAUGGGAGGGAACGUUCAAAGUUGGAUCACUUGUAUGUAUGUACAUAACUCCCUCCGUGUAUCUACCUCCGUCUCACCUGUAGGGUCAUUUCUCUGUUGUCUAGGUUUACAUCUAAGGUACUGACCGAGACCCUGUCCGUGCCCUGUAUCUGGGCUCACUAGGC